AUGAAUUGAUGGGGACAAAGCAAUUGACGCACACAGCCUUCAUCUCUGCCCGCGUCUUCUCCUCAAACUCAGAAUCCGUUUACCUACGCGCCCUCAAGCUCCAGCGACCCUCCACUGUCCGCUACCAACAAUCUCUGCACAACUUUGUCAGUUUGAUUGGUGAGAUUGAUUAUCAUAUCAGACCUUGCAGCAGCGCCACUGCCCAAUUCGGCGUCUACACUUUCCUAAAUGUUAGAGCGCCCGACCGCGAUUUAGUCAGGAUACUGCUUAAAUUUCGGAGGGAAAUGGCGCAAGUCUCUGUCCAGCAUCUUAAGCUACACGAUUUAGUUUACGUUUCAGGUCAUCUCGGAUCAUACCUCAAGCUCUCUGAAGACGGGAGCUUUGUGCGUAAUUACGAGGUUGAUGUCAAAGAAAUGAAUUUUGUUGCUCAAAAUGUUCCAGAGCUGGCCUGUCAAAACCUUGUCAAGUUGGAACCAAAAGUUUCAUUGGAAGAUAUGAUGCACAAGCGUAGGAACCGGCUUUAUUUGUGGCAAGUAUUUUUUGCUAAUCCGUCAGAGUGGUGGGAUAAUCGGAACUCUAAAAUGGAAGGAAGAGCACCAGACUUUAGGCACAAGGAUACUGGUGAGGCACUAUGGAUAAGUGACAGUGAUCCUCCAUGGAUCAACCAGCAACUCCAAUUGCACGAUUCAAGAUCAACUCAACGAAGAUAUAGACUGGACAGAGGCUUGGUCUCACUUGUCCCCUUUGGUUUAUGAUGAAUUUAUAAGAAAUUGAAGCCAGGGUAUGGAUCUCAGAUGAUGAAAUCACUAUUUAUUUCUGCAUCAGAAAAAAAGUCAAAAUCUUCAUUGCUGUGUUUGUGUUUCUGGAUCAUAAAAUCUCUAUAUCUAUGAGACUGUAGUACCCCAAACCCUUGUUGUUUUAGAUAUUGGUAUGAUAUCAAAGCAUCUACUGCAACAGUCUACCAUGAGGACAUUUACUGUAUAGUUUGUGCUGGUGACACAGAUCGUUAUUGGUUCUAUGCUUUAAUCGCUCAAGAAUAUAGUUUUAGGUCA